AUUAAGACCAUGCUUCUGGGGAUCCUCGUGGUGCUCUUCUUCAUCCCCACUGCUGAUGUAACAGAAAACAAGAUUUUAGUGGCUCAGCAUCCUUUGCUCAUUGUAACUAACCAAACUGCAACUCUAGUUUGCAACUACACAUACAAUGGGACAGGGAAGGAAUUUCGAGCUUCGCUACACAAAGGAACAGACAGUUCAGUUGAAGUUUGCUUUAUUUCAUGGAACGUAACCAAAAUUAGGAGCAAUUCGACUAAAGAAUUCAACUGCCAGGGGGAUCAUGAUAAAGACAAAGUCAUCUUCAAUCUUUGGAACAUGAAUGCCAACCAAACUGACAUCUACUUCUGCAAAAUUGAGGUCAUGUAUCCACCCCCAUAUGUCUACAAUGAGAAGAGCAAUGGGACUGUCAUUCAUGUGAAAGAGACACCCAUCCAAAUACAAGAGCCUCAGUCUACAAUGCCUUUGUGGAUUCUGGCAACAGUGACUGGAAUUCUUGCACUCUACAGUAUGCUAAUAACAGCAGGUUUUUUUAACUAUUGGCAGAAAUCCAAGAAGCGUCUGUACCACCAGAGUGACUACAUGAACAUGACUCCCCGGCACCCUCCGUACAAGAACAAGGGUUACCCGUCCUAUGCCCCAACGCGGGACUACACCGCCUAUCGGUCCUGGCAGCCCUGA